UCUCCUGCACAGUGCGGUCCAUACAUGCCUGCCAGGCGGAAGGUCUGCACAGGUGACAUCUGAGUUGGACAUUGUGCUAUUCUUCACCCCACACAGAGGAAGGAGGUGGCACUGGGUGACCGCUGCAGAGCCACCUGGCCCCUGGGGCUCUGAGCAGCUUAUUGGCCGGGCAGCCUCCAUUGUGAGGUCGCCCUGCUUUCCUCUGCCAGAGCUGGCUGAGCACCGGGACCUCCAGUCAAACGCUUCCCCUCUCCCUCCCAGCCGCACUGUGCGCUGAGCUCCCUGUCAUCGAGGGCCACACUGGGAAAGACGGGGUGCCCAGGAGUCCCGGACAGCACCUGAGAACGGAGGGGCGGCGGGGCUCCAGAGAAGAGACUGCCCCCAGGCCCCAGGGCACCUGCACCUCCAGCUGCCCCCUCUUUCCCAGCUUGCAUGCUCUGGGGCUGGGCCAGGGCCAGCACCCCCAGGGACCCUGCUCUGCAGCAUGGCUGGUCUGGGGAAAAACCCAUCCACGGCUUCCCAGGCCGCCACAGAGCAGAGCCUCAGACUCGGUGCCCACCACCACGUCAAAGACGGCGCUGCUGGGACAGGAUCACAGCAGCCUGCAGAGCCGGCAGCCCACCCACGGCCCCCUGGAGUGCUGCCACCCUCCUCCCGGGGAAGCCAGUGCACUGUCCUAAGUAGACACGGCCCUCCGGACCCACGCACCUCAGCGGCUCCUCCCCCUCACUGGCCAACGCAGACCUUGAUCCACCUGCUGAAGUGCAGCCUCGGCGCUGGGCUCCUGGGGCUGCCCCUGGCCAUAAAGAACGCAGGCCUGCUGGUCGGGCUGGUCAGCCUGCUGGCCAUGGGGAUCCUCACGGUGCACUGCAUGGUCAUCCUGCUGAACUGCACACAGCGCCUCACACGGAGGCUGCAGAAGACCUUUGUGAACUACGGGGAGACCACAAUGUACAGCCUGGAAAGCUGCUCGAGCCCCUGGCUGAGGACCCACUCGGAGUGGGGCAGGUACACUGUCAGCUUCUUAUUAAUCAACCAGCUGGGUUUCUGCAGUGUUUAUUUUAUGUUUAUCGCAGACAGUUUACAACAGGUCAUGGAAGAAGCUCACAUCACCUCCAACACCUGCCAGCCCAGGGAGAUCCCGAUGCUGACCCCUAUCCUGGACAUGCGCUUCUACAUGCUGACAAUCCUGCCCUUCCUGAUCAUACUGGCGUUUAUCCAGAACCUCAGGUUGCUGUCCAUAUUCUCAAUGCUGGCCAACAUCACCACCCUGGGGAGCAUGGCCCUGAUCUUCGAGUACAUCAUCCAGGGAAUUCCAUAUCCCAGCAACCUACCCCUGAUGGCAAACUGGAAAACCUUGCUUCUAUUCUUUGGUACAACCAUCUUCACAUUUGAAAGCAUUGGCAUGGUUCUGCCUCUGAAAAACCAGAUGAAGAAUCCACAGAAGUUUUCCUUUGUCCUGUACCUGGGGAUGUCCCUUGUCACUGCCCUCUACAUCUGCCUGGGGACACCGGGCUACAUGAGGUUUGGGUCGGACACCCAGGCCAGCAUCACCCUCAACUUGCCUAAUUGCUGGUUGUACCAGUCGGCCAAGGUGAUGUAUUCUGUUGGCAUCUUCUUCACCUACGCCCUGCAGCUCCACGUCCCAGCCGAGAUCACCAUCCCAUUCGCCAUCUCCCAGGCGUCAGAGAGCUGGGCGCUGCUUGUGGACCUGUCUGUCCGAACAGCCUUGGUCUGUCUGACAUGUGUCUUCCCCAUCCUCGUCCCGCGCCUGGACCUGGUCCUCUCCCUGGUGGGCUCCGUGAGCAGCAGCGCCCUGGCCCUCAUCAUCCCGCCACUCCUGGAGAUCAUCACCUUCUACCCCGAGGACAUGAGCUGCGUGACCAUUGCAAAGGACAUCGUGAUCAGCACCCUGGGCCUCUUGGGGUGCUUCCUGGGAGUCUACCAAGCCCUCUACGAGUUGACCCAACCCACCAGCCACUCCACGGCCAACUUCACAGGUGUUUACGUGUGACUGUCUGUUUUCAUGCCAGUGACUGCCCCUCCCUGCCCCAUGUCCAUUUCCACGCAGACGUCGUACACCUCUCCUCAAACCCCAACGUCUCUAUGCUCAUCAGCAGUCUCUCUAUCUUUCCAAGAUAAACGUAGAUAACACAGGUAGUACUGAGGCCGCUCGGGCUUCUGGUUUUGGAUUUAUUUGGCGGUCUUUUGUACCGCUGAUUCAAUCACAUCCAAUAGUUUAUAUUAUCACUCUCAUUUAAUGGGGAAGCAACACCUUUCCCCCUUGGAAAAGAAAACCACACAUAAAUACAAAGGAAAUAUUUUCCAUAUACUGCAGAAGCUGCCCUGUCAGUUUUACGAAAGCAUAGACUGGGGGAAGGGAGCCUUCUAAUCAGAUGUUCUAAAUGGAAAGGUCGCAGACAGAAAAUAACAGAACUUCACACUUUUUCCUUCUAGCCACAAACUAAGCCACUGCUUUCCCACGAGGCCUUGGGCAGAUUCCCCUCCCCUCAGCCUUGGUUUCCCACUGUGUGAAAUGCGGGGUUGGACUAAUUGGUCAUCAGGGGCUCUUCCAAUGCUGAUGUUCUGAAAGUGAAAAAAAUACACUUACAAUUUAUCCUCCAAAUGUGUGUGUGAAAAUUAUUUCUCAUUGGAG